AGCCGGGCAUGCGAGCCGGGCAUGCGGCGACCGCAGAGCGCCGGGCUGCGGUUUUCGCGGCUCCGAGAGGCCGGCCCCGGGGGGGCUCGGCCGUCAGGAAGGCUUGGCUGAAGCAAUCGUGGCUGCAAGCACCGCGGCACAGUCCGCCCGAGCAGCAGCUGCCUUGGCAGGGCGAGGGCGUGAAGGGAGACCACUCCGAGGAUGUUCCGGCUGUCCGUUUGGUUGUUGGGCCGGGACCCACAGCUUCGUCCUCGAGCGCUGCCGUCCAUGAGGCUUGACAGCAAGAAGGAUGUGCCAGAGGCGUCACUUGGCAGCGCGCCAAGUCAAACUCACAAGGAUCCCAGGAGUGAGCAGGUCCGGCCUCAGACCCCUGUCAAGGCCAAGACGGCGCGAGGCCGACCCUGUUUGGAUGCGCUGGUGAUGGCGGCCCGAGCCGCGGCGGCCACUACACUGGCGGGAGUUCCGUCCACAUCUGGAGAUCUCCUCCCAGUGGACUUCUUUGAUGUAGGCCCAAGUUCGCCCACCUGGGGCUUACCGAGGCCGCGCACAUCCGAGAAGAAGACAAAAGACAACGCCAGUUCUGGAGGCAGCGCCACCACAGCUCGAGAGGACUCCAUACCGCUUGGAGCUCCGCCUCCCAGCGCCAGCGCGGGCCGUGCGGGCUUUGACAGGGAGGCUCCCAGGCGCCCUGAUGCGAUGGCCUCGCUGGCCGAGGUCGGCGCGGUGCUGAGCGCCGUGCCCAGCAGGCACCGCGAGGUGCGGCAGGGCUUCGGUCGCUUGUCGUCGGGGAUGGCAGGUGGACCUGCGUUUCUUUCUGCCAUCCCCGAGGACCUCCUGGUACAGGUGCUCUCAGGAAGUUUAGCCUCUGAGCCGCUGGCGUGCUUGGCGCAAGCCUCGCGGAAGAUGAAGGCCAUCGCCAAGGUGGUGGCUUUGCAGCGCUUGCUGGAACACGUCGAGAACGAGGAGGCCGUGACGCGGAUGCCCUCCACGCCGGCACCGCCGGUGGGACCCGCCUGCCCAUUGCAUCGCUUGUUUCUGCAGGAGCGCACGGAAGCCUUGCUUCGGCCCAGCAUGGGAGUGCUUUGGCAGCCCUUGGUCUUGGCAUCAGGCCGACAAAGAGCUGAGGGAGGCAUCGAGCAGCUCGAGGAGCUCUUCCACUGCGGAGGCGGCUCCCAUCCUCUUCUGCUCUGCCCACGACAACGACCCCUGAUCCGGUCGGUGAGUUGUGGCAAGGACCACUUGUUGCUCUUGGACCACGCAGGGCAUGCUUGGGCCAUGGGUGAUCCAUGGGCCUCUGGCGUAGCUUGGCCUUCCGAAAGUGAGGAGACCGCCCGUCUGGAGACGAAGCCGGCGCCGCUCACGAGGGCGACUCCCUUGCAGGUGCUAUGGACGGUGCCUUGGCACGGUGGCCUGUGGCAAUGGGCACAGCAUCGCCAUGAGCCGCGAGGGGGACCUCUAUCUCUGGGGACGAGCCUUGGAUCAGGAGACCACACGUCUGACGUCGUACCGGCGGCCCAGCAAGGCCAGCUUCCCCAUCUUGGCCUGCGACAUUGCUGCGGGCGACAGUCAUGUGGCGGCUGUCUGUUGGACUGGGGCGGCGUAUUUUUGGGGCGAGAACCAUCAUGGCCAGUGUGCUCGCGAUCCGAAAGUCAUUCCAAUCCCCUGUUUGGAGGCCCAACUGCUGGUCCGAGCACCUGCUCGCGCUGCUGGUGGCCUCCAAAACGUGCACGCAUGGCGGGUGGCUUGUGGCAGGUAUCACACGGCGGUGUUAAGCACCGGUGGCGCCGCUUUCACCUUUGGCGACGGACUCUCGGGGCAGCUGGGGCGCCGGCCCGAGGAAGGCAGCGAAGGUUGGAAGCCGACCCAAGUCACGGCCUUUCCGGAGGGUGUGCAAAGCAGCCUACUGGUUCAGGUGGCGUGUGGAGACGACCACACGAUCUGCCUCACAGAGUUCGGGCAACUACUCACCUUCGGCGGAGGUGAGCAGGGCCAGCUGUGCAUGGGAGGCUGCCGUAGCCAUCGCCUGCCAGCUCUGGUGCGGCAAAUGCAUGGUGUGCGGGAGGUCGUGGCUGGCGGCCAUUGGACCUUGCUCCGCUGCGGCGAACGGAAGGUCUUCUUCGCCGGUCGCCCCACCCUGCGCGAAGGCAGGCGGACCACCGGCGGUGUCACCAUCCAAUCGUGGCAGGCAAGUCGUGGCCUGAGGGUGAUAUUUUGUCGACCGAGUCUGUGAGGAAAUGCGCGAGACAUGGCAUGUUUCAGCGAAGUGGAAGGGUUGCUCACUAAGUAAGGGAUACUAAGUAAGGGAUGCAGAUCUAGGGAAGAAAGAUUGGUACAAUCUGUGCUUGGUACAUAUGUUGUGUGUGCUGAGAGUCAUGAGCCUGUUGCGUGAUAUGCCCAACUUAUCGCUUGUAUCACUGUGUCACUCACGUUUUAUAGACCACGUUAAAACUCCUCAGAAGGGGGCUUCGGCAUCCAUUUGGUUGACACUCAGCCUAUCUCAGUCUCAGCUUUUUCUCCCAGAUCUAGUUUUUUCGGGAACAACUGACCACAGAGCAACGCGGUGUGUUUGCAUUCCAAUGAUUAAAUUAUCCCCGCGCCCAUGAACACUUUGACCUGAAAGGCAGAAGCUGUCAACAGGACGGCUGCGGCAAAGUUCCGCUCAGGCAAUGUCUAUAAUAGAUGUGAUUGGAACCUGCAUGUCUUCGUGGGUAGCAACACCGAAUAAAACCUCUAAUGGGGUGGUUGAUAGAGACGAGCUGCAGGAAAAACCCAGAAAAAGUUCUACAAGCCAACGUAGAACAGAAGACGCUGCUUGGCGAUGCGUUGCAUCCGCUCAAAUCCAUAUGAAUCCUAUAAUAAUGAUGACCGCGGAGAUCGAUAUUUCCCUGCAAUCGCUUCCGUCUAUCCAAACAUGAAAGUGGAACACUAGGCUACUAGUAUAGCAAUGGCGGAAGACUUAAUCAGUGCAAAUCUCUCUUGGUUAGAAAGUCCGAUUUUAGACCCAGCCAGAUUGUAGUAAUAGAAGCCCAGCCCACCAGGCAGUCCCACAUGAGUUUUGGUUUUCUUGAGGCUUGGGAGAAGACGAAGUCAGGACACCGGUUCGUGCAAGUCAGGACAUCGUUUUGACAAAGUCACCAACUGCAGAUUCCAAGAGCAUGAGCGAUGGUCUUCCAAAAGGAAGCACACCAUGUAUCAUGAUGGCCUUGUUUGAAGGCGAAAAGAGCAAUUCUAGAAGGGACCAGUAGGGCCAAGGGACUCGGAAUCUGGGGCUCCGGACUCCAAGGUCUAAAUCAUGAUAAUCAGCUCCUGGACCUGGCCGCACCUCCUGGGACCUGGAGGAGGUCUUUGGGGGUCCAAGUUCACUGGGAGAGUUUGUAGCUCAGCUGGUCGUUGAUGGCGAAUUCACCCGUGUUCUGCAUGGGGCUGGGUGAAGACGGUGAAGGUGUUGUUGAUGUCCUCCAGAUCGAGAAGACUUGUGGGUAGAAUCAUUACAUCAUCAUACAUCA